AUGGCUGGAGUUGUGAGAUUAUCGGCAACGUCGGUUCAGGCGAUUCGCAUCUCCUCCUCCUUUGCAACCACUCUCAACUCUCUCAAACCUUGCUUACCUCCAAAUUCCGACAAGAGAUUGCGUUUGUUCUCGUCUUCUCCCUCGUGCUCAUCUUCUCAUUACCCACCUUCUGGUCUCGCAAGCCACCUCUCUCUUAAACGAUCCAAGAGGAAGUUGGUUCGCGUCAAGGUAGAUGAGACUGUGGCUGAGACAGAGCCACCGAAAUGGUGGGAGAGGAAUGCUGGACCGAACAUGGUUGACAUUCAUUCCACUGAAGAGUUCUUGAAGGCUUUAAGUGAAGCGGGUGAAAGAUUAGUCAUUGUAGAGUUUUAUGGAACUUGGUGUGCUUCUUGCAGAGCACUGUUCCCUAAGCUUUGCAAGACAGCGGUGGAACAUCCGGAUAUAUUGUUCCUCAAAGUAAAUUUUGAUGAGAAUAAACCAAUGUGCAAGAGUUUGAAUGUCAAAGUGCUUCCUUAUUUCCACUUUUACCGUGGAGCUGAUGGCCAGCUCGAGUCUUUCUCAUGUUCUCUUGCUAAGUUCCAGAAGAUAAAAGAUGCCAUCCGACUACACAAUACAGAUCGUUGCAGCAUUGUUCCAGCCAAGGGACCUGAAGGGUUUACAUUGGAAUCUCUAUCUGGCCAGAGGAAUGCAGCCAAACCAGCUGGAUCAAGUUGA